UUUACCUUGUGGUAGGUAUGGAAAUUGAGACAAAUUUAUCAAGAUCUCACGUCAGUUCAUUAUUUCCUAUAUCAAUGGAUAUUAUUGGUCAAAGUUUUUCUCCAUACAAAUGAAAUCCUUAAAAAACACAAAUAUAAGGAAAUAUAUAGAGUAAUCAUCUGUAUAAAUGCAAGCAAGUACAUACAUGGUACAAGUCCGAAUUUGUUAAAGUGAAAGUUGAAGGUGUAAUGGCUGAAUCAAGAAGUGAAGAUGCAACAUCAAAGUUAGUGCAGGAAAUUGCACAGAAAGGGGAAGAAGUCCCAGAAAGUUACAUGAUUAAAAAUGAUGUUAUUUCUCCAGCCAUUGAUGCUUCCUCUAAUUUAUGGGAGGAAACUUUGUUGAUUGAUUUCUCUCAACUUUCCCCUGUUUCUUCAUCAACUCAAAAUGAACUUGCCAAGCUUCAUUCUGCUCUAAAGAACUGGGGUUGCUUUCAGGUUAUAAACCAUGGGAUGACAAGUUUAUUUCUGGAUGAGUUGCUUGAUGUUUCUAGGCAAUUUUUUGCUCUUCCUUUGGAGGAAAAGCUAAAAUGUUCAAUAACAGAAGAUUUUUUUAAUGGAUAUGGGAAUGCUUCAGUAAUUUCUGGAGAUCAAACUCUGAACUGGAAUGAUAGACUCUUUCUUACAGUUUAUCCAGAGGAAAAACGCAGGCUCCAAGUUUGGCCUCAGAAGCCGCGUAAGUUCAGAGAAGUUUUACAUGAGUUCUCUUUGAGUUUGAGAAAGAUGUUAGAAGUGUUUCUAAAAGCCAUGGCGCGGUCUCUAGGAUUGAAGGAAGAUAUCUUCUUAAAAGAACAUGGUGAACAAGGAUCUAUAGACACAAGAUUUGGAAUCUAUCCACGUUGUUCGCGGCCUGAUAAAGUUUAUGGUGUUCAUCCACAUUCAGAUAGAUCCUCUAUUACAGUACUUCUACCAGACAAAGAUGUGCCGGAAGGCCUGCAUAUCCAGAAAGACGAUCAAUGGUUCAAGGUUCCAGUCAUCCCUGGUGCUUUAUUUGUUAAUCUUGGUGAUUAUGCAGAGGUUAUGAGUAAUGGUAUAUUCAAGAGUGUAGUUCACAGGGUGGUGACUAACUCGGAAAGGGAAAGGUUCUCAGUGGCUGCAUUCUGUACUCCAGAACCCGAAAAUGAAGUUGGGCCAAUUACUGAAUUGAUUAGUAGUAAUCAACCACAAAUGUACAAGAAGGUGAACAUGAAAACUUACAAACAGUUGUUCUUUGAGACCUAUCCUCAGGGCAAAAGGGUGCUUGAUGCGCUCAAAAUUUAGCACUAAGAAUUGAUAGAUUUCUCCAUUUUUAUUAUAUUGUUGUAAGACCGGUGUCACUAACGUAUGUUUGUCCUGUUCAUUAAGAGAUCGUUCCAUUUAAUAAGGGGACUUUUUAUGGA